AUGCCUAAGCAAGAAUUGGAGUUUGCCGAUUACCUUUCUCCAUUGGCUGUUGGUGCAGUUUUCACAGCCAGCCUUUUAAUAAUUUGCGUGUUCUUCUUAAACUGGUGUUUCAUCCGCAAAGAAGAUGAUAUUACUGUCUUCGAAAGAUGGGGUCACAAACACGAUGUUAAGCUCAGACUUGGAGUUCACCGUCCUUCUGUUGUCGCUAGAAUUGCUGCUUCCAAAAGACCAAUCAUCAUAGAAUGA